AUGCAUGGUUUAAAUGCGGCCUUAGACACUCUGCGUCUGCAUGUGCCUUGCACAUCAAAAACUCAAAAGCUGUCCAAAAUCGAAACUUUACGACUGGCCCGCAAUUACAUUUGUGCCUUGGGAGAGAUUUUAAAGAAUGGUAUCAAACCAGACUGUGUCACCUUCGCCAAAGCUCUUUCCAAGGGCCUGUCGCAAAACACAAUGAAUCUGGUGGCCGGCUGUCUGCAGCUUAACCCGCGCACACUACACCCAGAAUCGUCGCUGCCAAAAGCCUACCCUUACGGUUUUGGCAGUCAGAUGGAUUUUGCGAGUCCAAUCAACCAGAUAACUUACCCACCACCGUCAUCUUUCCCGCCGUCUGCCUUACACCCGCAACAACAGCAGCAGCAGGUUCAGCAGCAACAUGUACAGCCAACGCAACACCAUCAGCAACCUCAUCCACAUUCACAUCAUUCUCAUCAGCACCCGCCACACACCCACCAGCAACAACAGCUUCACCAGUCCUCCCCAAGUCAUCAGCAACCUCAACAGCAGCAACACCCAUCAGCGCAACAAGCACAGCAACAGCAUCAACAGCAGUCGCAAAGAGUUUCACCUUCUUUGAUGUCUACCAGAAUGUCGACUCCAAUACCUACCAACCGGAUGUCGUCUACUCCGCAUGCGCCGACUACUGGUAUGGCAACAUCUCUUCCACCUCCUUCUGCACAACAGUAUACAACAUAUACUACCCCCCGUAAUCCAAGUCCACUAAAUGCUGAAAAUCGUGAGGCCUCGUUACCCACAGGAAGUAUGACCCCCAAUAUGAUGACGUCAUCGGCGCCGUUCUUACGAUAUUCUUCAAGCACGGCAGAAGGGGGCGGUUAUAUGGGCCCGGAAGUUGGAAUGGGUCGUGCAUACAAUGAACAACAGAGCCAGUUGGAAAGCUGUAGUCAGCGAGUGUGCAGCCCUUACAUCUUACUAGAGGACUUACCCGACUUUCAUUCAGAACCAAUUAUGGAACACAACAUGAAUAUGAUGAACGGUGUCACUGUGCUCUUUGAUGUCACCAGAUAA